AUGGCCAGCUUCAGCAGCAUGCCAGCCGAGCUGCGGCUCGGCGGUCACGCCAUCGCCUUCAAAAACCUCGCGAGCCCCUUCCUCCGGGUGAACGCAGAAAGCCGACACUGCGCGUUGCGAUUCUACAACGUCAAGCUGGGCGUCUGGUUCGUGCAAGCGCCUAUACUUGGCCGGAAUUUCUUCGAAGUUGACGAGGAGCAAACUUUCGAGAAGGAGCAAGCUUUCGAAAAUAUCGCCCGCGACCAAGAGACCAAGAUCCUGUGCCGAGGCGCCAUGUAUAUCAGCCCGGAGCACGAUACGUUUGUCAUAGGGGCCGACUGCUACGAUUUCCUCAGCUUUGAAGCGCAGGCCAGGGACUUGUGUUCACCCAAUUUCACUAAUAGCUUGGAAUCCGAGGAGAGUACGCGCCACAAGCGGCUGGCUGAACCGCUGUAUGCCACAUCCGGAGAGCUUGAUGCAGUGGCUUGCUGUGCCGCGCGGAGGCUGGCCCUUGUGGAACUGUCUGUGUACAAGUAUUCUACUAACAUGCACCCAAACUACUAUUACUUCAAGGAGGAGGCAGACGAUCUCUGGCAAACCGCCACAUUCACGUGCGAGAAGCAUUACGGACACCUGUGGGUCUGGGCCGGGCGGCAAUUGCUGGAAGCCGUCGCGAGGGCCGGUAGCGGAGUGCUUCCCAAUCGUUACAACUUCCGAGAAUGGGUCUGGAAAGAGACUGCCACCAAAGAUCGUUUCGGGGAGCAGUUGACAGUGUUGGUAGAUCUCCAGGUCCGACGCCAGUAUAUGGUGCGGAUGAAGGAGAAUACGGGCACCGUGCCAAUACGCGGAUAUGAUUACCGUUUCAGCUCAGCGAGAUACGCUCCGGAUGACCUAGAGCUCGAGUUGGACGAUUGA